CCCUGAUAUCAGCUGCUGUUUAUGCAAAUACGCCUUUUCAUCAGUACAUCCCUAAAGACACCACAGUGGAAACGUGCACUGACAGCCUGAAGUGUACAGGACUGUAGAUGUCACGUCGUACAGCAGAAUGAGUAGGAGGAAGAGGAGAAGCAGUCGCAGGAGGCAGAGCUCCAGCAGCAGUAAACAAUGCAUCUCUCCAUAUAAUUUUCAAAGGCACACUAUGGUGGACUCUGUGGAAACUGCAGAAAAGGGAGAAACUGACUCUUUCUGUAAAGAGCAUCUGUCAGUGUCUGAAGAUGAGAAAGAGACUGAAACUCCAACCACGGAGAAAGAAAACAGACCGCGGAGUUGUGAAGAUUUCUUCCAGGACAAAAAGACAAAAGACAAACAAAAGGAACUUUUGUCAGAACCAGUAAACAGAGGUCCAGGGUUAAAAAUAACACAUUCUGUGACCGUUGAUAACUUUGGACUGUCCACACCCAGAGUUGUGUUCGAACGAUGCCAUGAAGCAGCAGUUAGCAAUGUGAUUGCAGUCACAACCACUGAGGUCAAGUGCAUGAUCCCAAAUAUGAAGCUUGAGAUCAAUCAAGUCGUGACAUCAGAUGAUUCAAAUAUCAAGACCACGUUUAUACUCCAAAACUGCAGAGACAAAAGAGAAGAGACUUGUUUUACAAGCCAAUCUGAGACACAUCAAACUGCAAAAAACACACGUGUCUACUCAUGGAACCAACAUAGAGCAGACUACAAAAACAUCAGUGAGAAUAUUAGCUACAAGAUUAGCAUCGCAGAGCUAAAUUCAGAGACAUCACAUGCUCCCAAGAGUCAGAGCUCAUGGGACGAUCCCGACGAAAUGGCUUGCCGUAAAAGCUGUUGUAAAAGUAACUUCCGUUGGGGAAACACAGGUGGACAGACGGACACAGAUUUCACACUGGUUGAUGGAUCCUCCUGUUGUUCGUCACCCUCUGAUUUCUGGCAACAUCAGAAACAUCGGUCACUGCCCAGCAGUCUCAGUAAUGAGGCAUUAUGGGAUAUCCCUCCCCCUGUUGAAUUUGCUGAUGAGAAGGUGGAUUUCCUAGCAGAAAAUGUUGCAUCGUGUCAGAUCAGUCCAGAGUCUAAUUGCACACAGACAGCAUCUGAAGUUACCUUGUGCAAAGAGUUCACGCGCCAGAAUACACUGGACAGGGACAACAGGACAAGACAAAACGAGUCCUUGAGUCCUCGGGAAUAUUUAUUCAUGAAUCCCAGAGCUUCAAUAAACAGAUCUUCGUUCACUAAAAGCUUCAUCGACACUCACGAAAGGAAGACGCGCUUGCGCAACAACAGCAUCGGCAUCCUAGAAAGCACAACUCAUCCCGAAGGCUACAUGGACAUACCACCCAAAAGACGAAAGACGUACCCGGGAGUGACAUGUCGUAUGAGUCAAGCCAGAGACAGUAUUCCCUCAUACAGAGAGUCGUUUUCCUCUGGCACACUGUCUUCGUUUUUUAUGCAGUCACUUCCCUCUCAAACAGAGAGGAUGGGCAGAUUUUAUGUAGAGGAGGAAAGACUUCGUCCACUCGGGAGCCGCAAAUCUUCUAGUAGCAGCAGCUAUAGACCAAGCUCAAGCUCUACAAAUGGUCCCGACUCUUGUAUUCCCAAAAUUAAGGCUUACAGCUCAACAAAAAACCCAUUCUAUCCGUCCAGGUCUGAUGAGAGUCCAGAAGAAGUCUUCUUUAGAAGCGAAUAUCAGCAUGCAGAAUUAGACGAGAUGGAGCAACCGAGUUCAGAUGCCGCUGCUGGUACGAUGAUCCUUGAUGCCGCAGAUCAAGACAGCAUCUCAGCGGGACAACCUGAGCUGAAUGAAGUCAAUGAAAGUGGCUUUGAUGAGGAGAUGGUGGAGUUUGAUGAGUCCAUUUCUCCAGGUGACACCAUUGAGAGACAUCAAAGGGAGCUUCUUAUUCAUGUCAUCCCACCUUCAUUGUGCAACUCUGAGGAAAAAAUCAAUGAAGGAUUACCUAACGGUGUCAAGUAUAGCACAUGUGAUGGAGAUGAAGCCGACGUGCCAAAGAAACGAAGAAGUUCGGUAUUGACAAUAAUCACUGGGGACCGUGAGCAGAGAUUUCUACAAGGCAACCAUGUCUUCUCAUUUGAUGAGGACGUUUCACAGGAAUCUCAGACAGAUGUUUUGAGCCCUGUGAGUGAGUCUCCUACUGUGUCUCCAGUAGAGGACCUUGCCAGCAUCAGAGAAGCUGUGGAAGAUCUCCAGGAUUCCUUCCAAGGACAAGAAAUCACAACAUCUGCGUCCUCUCAACGGCCUGGAGAUGUGCAACCAAAUGAAUCCCUGGAUGUCUAUAGGACACCCAAAGUUUAUACCAAUGAACGGCAAAGUGCCUCAAAAAAUUCAUUAGAGGUCAAAGGACUCAGGCCUCCAACAGACUCCAUUCAUAAAGAUUCAGAAGAUCACUGGGCAAAGAGACGGAAGCUCUUCAAGGAGAGCAAACAGCGCAGUUCUGCAGGAGGAAGCUCUAUAACUAGCAAUAUCACAGAGGAAUCAGACACAAUGAACUCUGAGGACACUCGUUCAGUGGACAUGUCAAUGCGGGAUAUUGAGGACAGAGGAUUUUACACAGAAACCUUUCACUCAGUAUCAUGGAUAUACCAUGGAGAUGAAGUUAGCCAGAAUGAUGCGCACUGUCUCAGCAGCUGUACUCGACCAGCAGAAAUUCGUGAGCGGACAGUGAAAAUCAGCAAAGGCAUGGGCGAGUAUCCCUGGGGCUUCAGAAUUCAGUUCUCCAAACCCAUCGUGGUUACUGAGGUGGACACAAAUGGAGCAGCGGAGGAGGCAGGGCUGCAGGUUGGAGACUAUGUGCUGGCAGUAAACGGCACUGAUGUCACUAGUGUACCACACUCAGAAGCAGCUGACCUCGCACGACAAGGCCCAGACAUUUUGACUCUGACCAUUGGCUCGGAUAUCGGUCGAAUGCCGAACACUCCUCGACCGACGUGCAGGGGUUACUUGCAUAAGCGAACUCAAUCCAGUUUUCUGAAGGGCUGGAGAAAGAGGUGGUUUGUGCUCAGACACGACUGCUGCCUCUAUUACUACAGAAACAAGCGUGAUGAAGGGAAGAGCCAAGCUCUGUCUGUAAUGAGUCUGGAAGGGGCGGUGGUGGAGGCCGACACCAGUUUAGGAAAGCCGUUUGUGUUCAGAUGCUGCCCUGUGUCUGGGAGCCGAGUUUACUACCUGUGUGCGACAUCAAACCAAGAGAUGAAAAGGUGGCUGGAGGCUAUGGGUCGAGCGGUUCAUCCUAUUACUCAGAAUCACGUGUGGGUGGAUGUGACUCGACACAACUCAAAUCUGCCCCCUCUGGCAGUCAAGAACCCAGAAUGCCUUGGGUUACUGCACCAGCUGGACAGGAACAAGGACUCAUGGGUGCAGCACUACUGUGUGCUGAAAGACGGAUGCCUCUAUUUCUACACGAGCAUUCGGUCAACCUGCGCAAUAGGAGGAAUCUACUUGCAUGGUUAUACAGUGAGGGAUCAGCCAGUGGGAUCCAGAAGAUGUGCUAUUGAGCUCAGACCUCCAUCUGAAGAGUUUAAAGUCUUCUACCUCUGUGCAGAGAAUGCAAACGAGAACAAACGAUGGAUUAGUGCAAUAAAAUCAUCAACAAAAAAAUGGCUGCCACUGCAUCAGGCAAUUCAAGACUACAUGAGUCGCCCACCUGAAGAAACAAGAAUGUGAACAAGACUGAUUACAAGACAGUCUGGCAUUUCUCAGCAGGUUUAAUUCAGACACAUCCAUGUUCAUACUAUAACAUAAUAAUGUCCUAAUAUUCUCUCAAAAUUAGAUCUGUGAAUAUCCAGACAUUAAGACAUUGUGCACAAUAACAUGCCCCUGUAACUUAGAUUUCUUUUAGUUUAUUCAUGACAGGUUAGUAGGGUGGGUCUUGGUGGACUACAUGGUUUGUGUACUCAAAAGUGAUGGUGUCGAUGACAGUAAAGGUCCUAGGUUUUAUGGCUUAAAUGCACAGCCUUACAGACACAUGACGCCAAAUUAGCAUUGAGAUACAAUAUCAGAAAAAUCAGCUGUACAGUGCUAAAAAAUGUAGUUGGAUCUUUACUGUUUUCUUAAACAUCUAUGAUGGAUUGACCUGGAGAUUCAUUUUAAAAACCUGCAUUUGCUUAUUUACCAAAACUGAAUGACAAAUUGAAUGGUAUGAAAAAUAAAUAUAAAAAAAUAACACAUUGAAACUAAAGUGAUGAAACCUAAAAUAGCUCCAUAUAUAACAUUCAAGUACUUUUUUUGACAACACAGCAGCAGCGAGUGCAUGAAGUUGUCAUAGCAACCGGAUACACUGCAUGCUGUGCUGUGACAGGAGCUAGAAGCAUAGAAAUAUAAGUCGAAACCCUUAGACCUCAGAGUUACAUCAAGCUGUUUUCUCUAAUUCUUUCAGUCUCUAACUUUAAAUAUCAUCUUGUUUUAGGUCCACUUAACUAUUAAGAUGUUGCAUGUUUCUUUGCAUUCAGAUGAGAGAGGAAAGAACGAUGGUAUUCAUUUCUCUGUAAACCUGUGUGUCACAAUUUGAAUUCUUAUAUCUGUUUUCCAUUUUCAGCUUUUGCAAUUAUAUAAACACACUGCCACUGUUAUUGUAUAUAAGACACGUUUUCUUUAUGUUUUUGCUGUCAAGGCCUGUUUUUAAAAACCUUUAGUCCUCUUUAUACAGCAUGCAAUGAAAUAUUGUACUUGUUGUUUUAGCUCAUUUAUACAGUUGAGUUUAUAUAUCAACAAAAAUAUUAUGAUUUUUCCUAUUCUUUGUAUAACUAAUGAUACAUUUAUUGUUUUUUGUAUUAAUAUUUGCAUUAGUAUUGAGUGAUCUUCCAGUUCAGAGUUUGAUAAGAUUUUUUUUUUACAAACUAAGGGAGUAUUUACACUUGGUCACUUAUUUAACAACACUCACGUAUGUGGCCUAAACAACCAAAUUCAUUACACUUGACUGAAAUGCAUCCCAGAUUGCAUUCACCUAAUGACUGUAAAGCUAUUUGCACAGUAAAACACAUAUAGUGGCCAAAUGUAAAUAUCCUCUGAUGAUUUUCUUAGAAUUUGAUGUAG